AUGGGCUUCAACUGGCGAGGCAAGGCCGAGUCGCGCCCCGUCGAGCCCGUGGACUCAGCCGAGGCCACGGGCUACGAAGUCGGCGGUCCCGAUGCCGACCUCCACAUGAAGAGGCUGAAGGACCAGCAUAGGUUCGACCCCUUCAUGGACAUUUCCAAGCUUGAUGCCAUCGACAAUGUUAUCGAGUCUGGAGACGUUGAAAAGGAGGCCGUUGUUGAGGAGCAGCUCAUCGGCGAAGAUUCACCUUAUGCCGAAGUGCGCGCCUCAGUCUCCCCUGGCGAUGACCCUACGCUACCUGUUGACACCAUUCGGGCCUGGACCAUCGGCUUCUUGACGUGCACUAUCGUUGCCGCCAUGAAUGUCCUCCUGAACAACCACUACCUCGGUGUCUCCAUUAGCACGCCCGUCGUCCAGCUCAUUGCUUACCCUAUGGGUAUGGGCUGGGCCAAGUACGUCCCAGAGAAGUCGUUCCGCGUAUUCGGCAGGGAGGUCGAACUUAACCCCGGCCCCUUCAACAAGAAGGAACACACUCUCAUCACUAUCAUGACUGCCGCCGGUGCUGGUUUCAGUUAUGCCUUCGACAUCCUUCUGGCUCAGCAGGUCUACUACAAGCAGUUCUGGGGCUGGGGCUUCCAGAUUCUCCUUGUCUUCUCUACGCAGGCAAUGGGCUUUGGUAUUGCUGGUAUGCUCCGUCGGUUCCUCGUUUGGCCCGCUGCCAUGGUUUGGCCAGGUCUGGCUCUUGUCUUCUGCACUGUCAUGGACAGCUUGCACAACCAUGCGCCAUCCGACCCCUCCAAGACGAAUGGGUGGAAGAUUGGUCGUUAUUACUUCUUCAUGCUCGUUUCUGGCCUCACCUUUUGCUACGAGUGGAUUCCGAACGUGAUGGCGAAUUUCCUCGUCUACCUCGGAUCUUUCCCAACCUGGAUUGCCCCGAACAAUGUGGCUGUCAAUCAAGCAUUUGGUGGAGUCACCGGAAUCGGUAUCCUACCCAUCUCGCUUGACUGGUCGGGCGUCGCCUCAUGGUUUGGCAACCCCAUCUUGACACCAGGCUUUGCCCUGAUCAAUAUGCUUGCCGGAGGCAUUUUUUUCCUUUUCCUCACCGUCUUGGUGUACUUUACGGGCCCCUCCUACAACCAGUACCUUCCGAUGGUGGAUAAUGCUAAUUUCGAUCGCUAUGCCAAUAACUACAACACAACGCGUAUCUUGAAUCCAGACACCACGAUCAACGAGGCGGCGUAUAAGGCUUAUUCCCCCCUGAUUUUGCCGGCUGCUUUCAGUCUGUCAUAUGCUAUGGGCUUCGCCACCCUGGCUAGCAACGUGAGCCACGUCAUCUGGUUCUACGGCCGCGACAUUAUCCGCCGUGUCAAGGACUCCAAGUACGAGGAGCCCGAUGUGCACUUGAAGCUCAUGAGGAAGUACCCCGAGGUGCCCGAAUGGUGGUACUCGAUCGUCUUCGUCGUUAUGUUUGCCUUUGGAAUGUUGGCUUCGCAGCUGUGGACCACACACCUUACCUGGUGGGCGUAUAUCAUUGCCAUCCUCGUUGGUGCUUUCUUCGUCCUUCCAGUCGGUAUUAUCCAGGCUAUCACCAACCAACAGACAGGUUUGAACAUCAUCACUGAGAUGAUUGUCGGUUAUAUGCUCCCUGGAAAGCCAAUUGCGAUGAUGAUGUUCAAGAGUUGGGGCUACAUGCUCUCGUACAACUCCCUUACAUACGCGCAAGACAUGAAGAUAGGACACUACAUGAAGAUUCCGCCUCGGUCUCUCUUCCGCGCCCAGCUGUUCGCUGUUCUUUGGCUCAGCAUAGUGCAGACAGCGACGUUCAACUGGAUGUUCGCAUACUUGCCUGACAUCUGCACUAAGGCCCAGCCGCAAGGUUUCACUUGCGCAGGUGCCAAGACCUUCUACAACGCCAGUGUUAUCUGGGGUGUCAUCGGCCCCGCCAGGAUGUUCGGCGCUGGAGCCAUGUACUCCUGGGUCAACUGGUUCUUCCUCAUUGGAUUUGCUUGCCCCAUUAUCCAGUACUACAUCGCGAGGAAGUACCCCAGAUCGAUCCUCCGUUACAUUUUCUUCCCCGCCCUGUUUGGCGUCUCCGGCAUGAUCCCCCCCGCUACCAUUUUCAACCUGCUGUGCUACCUGACCGUCGGAAUCAUCUUCAACGUCAUUAUCAAGAAGAAGUUCCCAGGGUGGUGGGAGCGGUACACGUACUCGCUCGCCGGCGCCCUCGAUGUCGGCAAUGCGCUCUGCCUCAUCCUGUAUGCCCUCGCGCUGGGCCUCAGUGGCAGUAGCUUCCCCGACUGGUGGGGAACUGUGGGAUUCGCUGAGACCUUGGAGGCGCAGGCUAUGGCUGUCACCAAGACGCUCAAGGAUGGUGAAGUGUUAGCCCCAUGGAUCACGAGCUGGGCUUAG